AUGUCGAAGAAGAGAAAGAGAGAAGUCGAUGUAGAGCUUGUCAAGGUCUACGAGGAGCUGACCGAUAACGAUGAAAAUAUCCGACUGAAAGCAGCCCAUACCUUGGUAUCCAAAAUCUUCAAACCUGGUGUCACGAACGACGAACAGACCAUAACAAUUUUGACCCGUCUCUUCCGCGGACUAUGCAGUAGCCGUAAGGCUGCUCGUCUCGGAUUCUCCGUUGCUUUGACCGAGCUUCUUUCACAAGUUUCGUUGGACUCAACAGGAUCGACGAAUCCCAAUCUGUCUCUUUCCGCAAUAAUUGACAUCUUCGAAGCUCAAACUACACCAGAAGGAGGCGCCUCCGGCCAGGACGAACGCGAUCAUUAUUUCGGAAGAGUUUUCGGCGCCGAUGCUGUCCUUAAGUCAGGUGUUCUCUUCAAGACGUCAGAGCCGACUCAGUGGAAGCGUCUCCUCAAUCUGAUUUGUGGUGUGGCCACUAAAAAGCCGUGGCUUAGACAAGAAUGUGGCUGGGUACUGUUUGUUUGUAUCACGUCGGACCACCGGAAAGACGUGCUCAGUAACUUCGCCGUCAUGACCAUCGAGACACUGGCUGAAAAUAAGCUGAUUCGUACCCCUGAGGGAGUGGCAAUAUGGCUAGCGGCAACGAGGGGAUCUCCUCAAUCACCCAAACCGAAAUCAAUGUGGAAGAAUGGUGAUCCGUUAGCUAAAUCAGACGUCCACGUCCUGGCCAGUAUUUUAAAGGAUGCGCGGACGCAACCUGACCAAACGGACGCGGACUCAGAAGCUCAAGGCUCAGCUAGAUGGUCAGCUAAUCUACAUUUUGCGUGGGACAUUGUGCUCAGCGAGGUAUGCCGCGAGACGCACGCGAAGCGUCUUGACACUGGAAAUGGAAGAAAUGAAACCAGCAAAAGCGUGACGAGAGUACCUUUUGACCUGUUCUGGAGAGUUGUUGUCGAUGAGGGCCUUUUCUCACCUUCCAGCAGUACAGAACGAAAGGCUUGGGGAUUUAGUAUAUGGAGGAAGGCAUUCGAGACAUGCCCUCGAGAUCUGCUGCGAUAUACUUUCACGCCUCAAGCCACGUCCUGUCUUGUCAAUUCGCUCAAGAGUUCCGAGAGAUUCUUGCAGAAAUGUGCUUUGAGAGCAUCUCAAAUCUUCCACACUGGCUUGACCGCUAGUGAUGCGGAUGCCCCUGAUCAGGGAUUAACUGGUGCCUGCUUCAGGACACUGUUGGAGAGCGUUUCAUACGGCGAUUUUGACCAUAUUACGAAGUCAAAAACAAUCCAAAGCUUGAUUGAUAUUGAUGAUUUGAAGGUUUUGAGAGCCAUCAGCUUGACUCUGGCUUUUCUUGCUAGAAAAUCCAUACCCGAGGAGGAUGAUAAAUCUCUCCUGGCUCGACAGAGAACUCUGAUAGCUCUGCAAUCCAAAGUUGUUUUCGCCUCGUUCCGACGUAUGGAGAACAAAGAACCAACAGACGAAGCUGCUCUAGACCACGAUGGAACACAAGUUGCCAGAACCAUUCUGAGUGCGUGGAUCAGAGGGGUAUGCACCUUACCCUCUCCAGGUAUAUCGAAGCCAGGAGAUUUUUGUUUUAAGCCUGAACUGCUUCCUGAGGCCCGUGAAUUUGUGAGAGAGCGAUUGGCUUUGGGCUUCGAGCAAGCGCUGAAGCUCGGCGCUAUGGGGUGUGGGGUGUUGCAGACGACUGUAUUUGAAAUCCGUCUCCUCGAAAAGGAUCACGAGUCGAUGUCUAUUGUUUUCGAAAGCGAUAUCAAAGGCCUCGUACAGGAAGCUUGGCGGAGGCUGACGAAAAUAACAACUUCGUUUGGCAAACAGCAGCCCAUUGCUGGAGACCAAUCCGUACCGCAAAAUAUCGGCGCAAAAGCAGAGCAAAUUCCCAGGUAUGAAGGGUUUCCGACAUUGUCAGAUGGUUUGUAUCUGUUAUACUGCCUGGUCCUCUUCCAGAUCUAUACGGGGGAAACCGAUGCUGUGCAAAUCCUUCAGGACCUCCUCGAAUGCCACGAUCGGUGGCACGCGAGCAGGGAGGAAAAGUUAUCAACGGGUGAACAUCUUGACUCUAGUGAAGCAAUCGUCGAAAUACUGCUCAGCUUUGCAUCUCGACCGUCAAAGUUUCUCAGGCGGAUCACGAUCCAGAUCUUUGAAGCCUUUGCCAGGCAAAUGACCAGCAAUGGUCUUCAUUCGUUGUGCCGUAUCCUAGCAGCGAAAGAGAACACACAAGGACAACAAGAAAUAUUCCAAGUUGAAGAUAUCAAUAUGGACGGUGCAGAGGAAUCGAGAACUAACUCGGGCGAGGAAGAGAUAGACUCGGAUGUUGAAGUUGGGUCAGCUUCAUCUGCUGAGGACACCAGUUCUGAAAAUUCCGCGUCCACGUCCGAAUCUUCCAAUGUGGAUGAUGAUUCGGAAGAGGACACGGGAAGCUCUGAGCGGGAAGAAGACGACGAUGAGCUUGCCGUAUUUGAUGCUGCCCUUGCCUCUGCUCUAGGCACUCGACGGCUCGAUGAAAAUGACUUGGCGGCUGGAUUGGGCGCCUCUGAUUCUUCCACAGACGCAGACAUGGAUGACGAUGAAAUGAUGGAACUGGAUUCAAAACUCGCCGAAGUCUUUCGCGCGCGGAAUGAACAACAAUCCAAGAACAAAAAGAAGGAAGCAAAAGAGGCAAAGGAAGUGGUGGUGAACUUCAAAAACCGGGUGCUUGAUCUGGUGGAGUCUUAUUUGAAGCACCAACAACAGAAUCUUCUGACCAUUGACCUGAUUGUACCUUUGUUGACGCUCGCAAGGACAACUUCGACGAAACAACUUGCUGAGCGCGCAUGCAACAUCCUGCAACAGUUUUGUUCACGGUGUAAAGGAUCCAACAUACCGCGACUUGGCUCCCAGAUUGACCACGCCACCGAGGUCCUCAGGAGUAUUCACGAAGAAGCAGGAUUGGAAUCUUCGAAUGCUCAUUCCCACAUGACCAGCCAGACAAGUCUCCUAGUGGUCAAAGUGCUCGUCAAUGCCCACCCCGAUAAUGUGAAAACUGCAGUUGGCAUAUACAUGGCGACUCGGGUGAAGCAACUGACCAAGAAGGACUGUCGCGUACGGGCAGGCUUCUUUACAGACUGGAACAAUUGGUGCCAGACUGCCCGGGAGAAGCUGGCCCAGUGA